AUGAAGCAGUUUUGGAGACCCAUGUUGGUAUACCAGGGCGUUGCGGACCAGGAUAACAGCGGUGGUGGUGUCGCCCGAGAUAUCCUUGUAGCAGUCAAUGUUGUACGAGAGAGCAACCGAGCCACCAGCUACAACACUGGCAGUCAGAAUACCGAGACCGACGGCCAAAACUGCCCAGUGAGCGUGAUGCUGGGCACCAACACCCCACAUGAUAAGGCCGACGGCUCCCAAGACAGCCGUCACAAGAAGGGGCCAGAGACGGUGCUCGGGCUCACGGACGCCGUUGUUCCGGCGGGCAAGCCACAAGGUGAACUUAUCGGCAAUGGAACCAGCCCAGUAGCAGCCAAUGGCCGCGCCGACGAUGGGACCGGUGUAGAUGGUGCCGACAAGACCGGAAGACCAGUUGUAGGGAGCGUUGGCGAGAACAGGGCUGGCAGUUCCGUUCAGGACUUGAUACCAGCAGAGGUUGAUGCCGUAGAUGAAACCGGCCCAGAGGACGAUGGGGAAUUGGUAAAGGGUCGAAAGGAGAUAAACACCGCGGCGGCCAUAUGUCAAGGCAAUAGGCUGCCAGAACAAGCAGCCGAAACCAAGCAGCAAGAAAGCGUAACCGGUACCCUCGACAAGUGUUGCAGUGGAGAUGCCGGUAUCCGCGGUGAUGUCGGCGAGAAUCGAGUAUUGGAGGGUCAUAGGAAGUCCAGUGCCAAAGGUGUAGACCACAACCAUGGCGAGAGCCAACAUCUUGCGGCCUCUGCUCCAGUUGAGAGGGUCCUCGGGAUCAUCGCUAGGACGGGGAACAAGCUGGAUUCCGUCCCGCAUCUUUGCGCCUGCAGGCGCCGCGCCGGAAACAUCGACGAGGUGGACGGUGCCGGGCACCACGGCCGUAUGCUGAAUAGCCAUCCUGAGGUGUGUGUCGAGGUGGAUGAGCGGGCGUUGACUGGAGAAUCACAAUCUUCAUUGGGGACAAGACGUAAUUGGCUUACAAUCCAGGGCAUGUGA